AUGCGUGGUAAAUACCAAAAAAUUAAAAGUUUGCUAGGUGAUGAAGAUAUUUAUCAAAUGAUUAUUGAAUAUCUUCAAAGUGUUAGGUGUGAUAUAACUGUAGAUAAAUUUAAGGAAUAUAUUGAACAGGAAGUCUUUUCAAGU